UCAACUGGGUAAACAUUGGCCUUUUUUCCAUUUAGAUGCAAAAACCUUUUUCCUGUUGAUAUAAAUAAAAAGCUUGAUCAGAUUAAAAAGGAAGAAGGAAAAGGGUUGAUUUUCUUGGUUUGGAUUCUUUACUUGGAUGGGUUUGCUGUUGCUCUUAAAUUGAACUCCUACAGAUAUCGUCUUAUGAUAACCACGGAAUAAAUAUCCUUGUGUGAUGGGGGAAGAUCGUACAUGUUCAACCUAGUGCUGCCCAUAUUAUAUUCGUCACUUGCAUUUCAAGUCAUUUCCUCUUGCAAUGAUCCCUUUUUGUUUCCCUGGUCAGUUGUUUCUUCAUCAAGCUGUCUUGGAAAGAAGUGAAAACAGGAAAUUCUUUGCUCCAGUGCCGGGGAAAUUCUGUUUGUGCACAUUGUGUGGUCUUGUGGAGAACAAGAUGCAAAAACCAGAGCAGCCAAACAAAAAUUUGUAAACAAAUAAAGCUGUUGCUGCCCUUUCAUCUUAUAACUGUAAUUAUGAUAGCCCAAUUGGCAUUGGCUCUACUAUGUCUUGUUGCAGCAUGGAUGCCACUUGUGUGCUUGAGUCUUCUAAAGGGAUGGCCUUGGUCACGGACCUUAUGUUCAUGGCGCCUAACAUUUCCCACUCUUUCCUUCAGCAGCCACAGGCACAGAGAGAUAUCAUCCGAGUCUGUCAGCCGUCCUCGGCUCACAGCCACCACCUUCAGUGGCCAGUGCUGCACUCACCCACAUCACGAACAAGAAUGUUCUGAAUUGAACGAGGAUGAUGUGAAGGUAUUGGUUUCUCACAUCGACGAGACCGAUGGCGGUCCACCAUGGAAGCUCAUGAUGGAGCGCUCUACCCCUACCUUGACAUACCAAGCUUGGUACAGGGAUCCACAGUUGGGCCCUACGCAGUACCGUACAAGAACCGUAUUCGAAAAUGCAUCACCUGAGUUGCUGCGGAACUUCUUCUGGGAUGAUGAAUUUAGACCCCAGUGGGAUAACACGCUCAUUCACUUCCAAACUCUCAGAGUUUGCCCCAAAACUGGUUCCAUGACUGUCCACUGGAUUAGAAAGCUGCCAUUGUUCUGCAGUGAUCGAGAAUAUGUCAUAACCCGUCGCAUUUGGGAAUCUGAUUCUGGAUAUUACUGCCUAACAAAGGGAACACCAUAUCCACCCCUACCAAGGUCUAAAAGACCAAGACGAGUAGAUCAUUAUUUUUCGAGUUGGCAUAUAAAAUCAGUGAAGCCUAGGAAUGGAGAGCAGCAUAAAAUGGCAUCAGAAGUGCUUCUGUUUCAUCAUGAAGAUAUAGGGCUCCCGAGGGAGGUUGUGAAGAUGGGUGUUAGGGCAGGAAUGUGGAGCCUGGUAAAGAGACUGCAUCUGGGCCUGCAGACUUACCAAAUGGCAAAGGAAAAUGAUGGGUCUCCUUCGAAUUAUGCACUUAUGGCAAACAUAACCACAAGGAUUAAAAAUUAGAUGAUUCCUUCCCACCAUUGUUUUGAGUGGCAGAAAAUCACAUGUGCAAAAAGUGUAGUAAAAUAAUAGAGAGCUCCCUCAGAACUUGUAAAAUCUUCAACAUGACAUUGAUUUAGACAAGGCUGAAACUUAUAUAUAUUUGGCGUUCAAUCAUUGGGAGCUGCAUCAAAUCAAAGACACUCUUUUUCAAACUCCCAGUAAAACAUUUUCUUUGGUCAAUCAACUUUUUCAACGCAAACGUGAUGCACAAAAUGAAAA